AUGCGUUCGGUUGCACUUGCUCUUGCGUGUCUUGCCACUGGCAUUCAUGCUCUCCCCAGACCCGCCGUGAGCUAUGCGGUAGUCAACGUGGAUGGCGGUUCUGCGCCCACGAGCUCUGCGGCAGCACAAACGACAGUGGUCUCUACUGUUGUCGAGUCAGAAGUGCCUACCACCGUCUCACAGAUUGUGUACAAGACUGUGACCGAUUCGUCAGCUACAGCGACUACUGUGUCUGUCAAGACGGUGACAGAAACACCGAGCGAAACUCCUACACCAUCAAGCCUCCAACCCGCUGCUCCCUCGACAUCAGCACAGGCUUCAGAGAUUUCUUCAGCACCAUCAUCGUCAUCAUCUCCAUCGGCAUUGCCAUCACCGUCGCCAACCUCAUCGCCAAAAAGCAGCACCUCGCUCGCGUCGACAUCGUCAUUGCCUAGAUCAUCUGGCGCCACGAUCUCGACAAACACACCACUGCCAUCUUCUGCAUCUCAGGCUGUCAAGAGCAGUUCAACUACAAACACUGCGUCCUCAACGCAAAGAAGCAGCAGUAGCAGCACAACACCAACAGCAUCCGUGUCAAUCAACUCGAUUGUAUACGAAGUGACUGGUGGAGCACUCACAACAGACUAUGUAACAGUCACACUCUCUGGCAGUGCUCAAGCCACGAGCUCGUCAACCAGCUCGACAUCAUCCUCAUCGUCUGACUUGGCAGCGUCGACGGUGGUUGUGGUGCAGACACAGACUGUGGUACCCGCCGCAGCAACCAACUCGGCGUCGUACUAUGAUAACGGAAUGUGGCACACGUCGUAUGUAAUCAAGAACUUCCCCACACUUGCUCCUAGUGCUGCAGGCCACCACUGGAACAGCACGUCACACUAA